AGUCGAUGACGUCAGUCGGCCAUGACGCAUCGGUAGACGACAUCGUGAAGUUAUCAGUGUAAUUUAAAUACGAAUGGCGUCAUCUUAUCGACUGAUACUGGAAUCGCCCUCUGACCUUGCUUAGAGUAAAUUAACUCAUUCUUUUUAUUCGGUAUUUCCACAACGAUUUAUAGUAACAAAAUGCAGCUGACGAAACUGACCUUUGCUAAGCGCCUGCGUCAAUCCGCGGACCCUGAUCUGCGGUAAGCUGUCAGCGACAAUUAUUCGCAGUCUGUGACUGUUCGUCGAGUCGAGUGGAUCGUAUUCCCGUUGUGUCCGAAGCUUUCCAAUUCAGUUCCCGUUCUCUUCCCAUCACUUUUGAAAGAACAAAGGCGUAAGUUACGACAGACAGAGAGAAAAACAUCGCAGAAAUGGGCGAAAAGGCUGAACACAUUGUGAUGACGCCGAAAUGCAAAACGGCAAAUUCGACGACGUUGAUAAUAGAAAGGCAAGCUCUGGAGCCUCCAGCGCAGAAUGGCACUGAGAAUGGCAAUGUUCAUAUCGCAGGUGGUGAUCAUAAGGGAAUUGUUAUCAACAAACAAGCUGUUGCUGCGACAAACGGAGAGAUACAUCCUGCCCAGCUCUGCUUACAAUUUAGGGUAUUUUUGGUGAGCGGGCAAACUGGGAAGCACACUCAAGAACAAAGAACCUUGCAGUUCUGGUUUACUGAAGCAUUGCCUGAAGCAGAACAGCCAAGCAUUGCACAGGAAUUCUUCAGAGAGCUUGUCACUCCUCAGGAGUUUCCUAGAGAUUACGUGGGAUUCAUAAAAAAGAUCAUGAAAUUGAUGCAACAUAAGUAUCCCAGUAUCAAGAAGCUGGAGGUGGAACUAAGACAGCUGGAAGAGCCAAUCACACUCCCAACUAGGCCAUCUACUGGUCACUUACUAUUCACACUUCCACGGUCUAAGAAAGUUAUGUGGAAAUCAGUGUCUACGGACGAAAUCGUCACGGGUCAAGUGAUUGAACUCACGGUAGAAAAAGUUCUGGAGCUUAUUGAGUCCGCUUAUCCGAAUCCGGUCAUGGUGGUCGAUAUGGCGAAGGAACAUGGAUGGGAGGUGUCAGCUGUGGAAGCCAAAUUGAAAGAACUCCAAGAGAAGGGCCUCGUUAAAGCAAUGGAUCAUGGGGCAUUUACUCGUGUUGUCCAUCAAGAUACUGAUGUUCAGGUAGUGAAGCAAAUGCCGACGAUGGCGAGCGCGAAGCAACCCACCAUAGCUAUUAUUACAGCUCAGUACUGCGAGAAACUCGCUGUGGAUUCGAUGAUCGAAAACAAAGAAACCUUCGUUCGCUACACCACCGUUGGUACUGCAAGCUCACCAGACACGACAGAUGGAGUUCCACGAGUGAUAUGCCGUUUCGGGGAAUCGAAUGUAUAUACUUUGGGCAAUAUUGGUGCUCACAGGAUUGUGUGUACUAAAUUGCCAACUGUGGGACAUACUAGGGAAGCAAUGACUGCUGCUGGCAAUACCACUACUAGGCUGUUAGGUACUUUCCAAAAAGUGGAUUAUGUCUUCCUUGUCGGAGUCGGCGGAGGUGUACCUCAUUAUACUGAUUAUAACAAACAUGUGCGACUGGGUGACGUGGUGAUAUCUCAUCCAACGCCGCUUAAUAAAAAAUACGCGUACGUUUACUGCGAGAGCGCCAAGAUGAACGAAAACGGGAACUACCACUUCGAGACCAAGGAAUAUUGCCCGCCGAAUCUCGGUCUUCAGGAGAUCGCAGCGUCUCUUAAGAAACAGACUGAGAACGAGACGAUUCCACCGUGGCAGACGUACAUGAAGGAAGGCCUGGGGAACCUGGUGAAUCAAUCGGAGCACGACUUCAACGCGCCGCCGCCAGAAUCUGACAAGUUGUAUAUGGCUAUCGGUGAGAGGGACGUAAUCGAAGUAGCUCAUCCAACCGCGCCUCAAGAUUCUGUAAAUAAAAGAAUGGACGGAUGUUCUCGAAUCCACUUGGCGCCAGUGGCAUCUGGCCGACAAAUCGCCCGAGACGAUCAACUCAGGCAGAAAUUCGCCAGUCGCUUUGGAGCGCUCGCGUUCGACGCCGAAAUGGACGCCGUAGUAGAGAGUAUCCUAGGUAAUUGUCGCGAGAGUUUCGCCGUGAUCCGCGGCAUUUCCGACUAUAAGGACGGCGUCCGGAUCAAGGAAUGGCAACCUUACGCGGCAUUGGCGGCUGCUAGCGUAAUGAAGUCUAUAAUUUGCGCCAUGGAUCCACCGACCAAUGACUAAUGUCGUUCUUCCAUCUUAUCUUCCUAAUUUCGUGUAGCGUAUAAUGUGCAUUUCUUUGUAGGAACAAGAGUAGUAUUUAAAAUCAAAACAGCUCUCAAGCACACACAUACAUACUGCACACAUAGUACACAAGGAUAGUUAAUAAGUUGUUAGUUAAUUUCAACAGGUUCCUUACGAAGAUAAACCGAAGAAUCACGAAGAUCGCGCAGUGUACUUUAAUCUUACAGAACAAUUCACGCAUCGCUCAAAUUUCUUACAGGUUCUCUUAGAACAAUGCCAUUCUUACAAACAUUGAUUUGGCGCUACUCCUGAGAAGGUGUGUCCUAUCUCAGUCGUAAUGAUAUGAAUUAAUAUGAACCAUUAAUAUUGAAAUCAGGAUCGCUCAAUGUUGAAUGGUCCAUUAAUAGCUGUAUUAGAAGAAAAAAAUAUGAUUCUUUGUCUCGAUACAUUUUAUCUGUAGAUGUAAUAAGGAAAUGGUGCCAUUAUUGUUUCUCACGAUUGUCGUGCAGCAAUUGACACGUUAUGAUCCGCGAGUAAAAUGUCGUAUUUUCCGCGGAAAUUUCUGUACAUUCCUGUUGGAUGUACGCUGGGGACGGACGUUCGAAAGACCAAAUCGUUAGGAGCAAGUUAGGACGAAAGCUAAUGAGCAUUGGAAUGUGUGACGCUUCGAGAUGAAUCAUCCGCAAGGUAGACGACGAAUUUGGCGGUAACUUUUUGUUUAACUUAGUCUGAUAAUUGCGCCAGGGAAAGUCGCAGGGCAGAGUAGUUAGGCAAGUCUAUUAAGUAGGCGAACUGAUCUAGUUGUAGAUGCAAUAGACACAAAAUGGCAACUGAAAGUAUACUUGACAGUAUUUAACAAAUCGGAAUCAAAUUAUAGUUACGAUAUUGCUGGAGUAAUUAUUACAUGUUUGUCAGAGUAUAUAUAUUGAUGUUUUUUCAACAGAUAUAUAUGCAUUCUAUAUUCGCGCAGUAUACACCUGAAUGGAGGAUUAUCAAAACAGAUUCGCAUUUCUCUGAAAAAAUCCUAGAACAUAUAAGGAGAUAUAUACGAGAUAGAUUUCUAUUGAAAUGUGCCAACGUGUUCAUACUUGUUAAAUUUCACUGCCCUAUUUAAAUCUGGAUAACAUCCGCGUCAAAAAUUUUCGAUACGAAUUUUCUGAACUUAAAAAUCAAAAAUUUUAUCGGAGAUUUUCAAUUUUUUUUUUUGUAACGGGAGGAUUCUACAUUAAAAAUUACAGGGUAGUGUGCAGAAGCUUAUUAAUAUCUGAAUAUAAAAUUUUAAUGUGUGGACUUAAGAAGAUAGAUGGAAUAUAUGUAUAAGGGUGUUGUUAAUGGUGAAAAGAAUUUUGAAAUUUCAGCAAUAGUUAAAAGUAACACAAAAGCUAUAAAAGUACGAUUGAUUCUAGCCAUAAACACACGAGAUAAUAAAAAUAUAGUAUUUAUAUAUAUAUUUGUUUCUUUUCUCUGCGUACAAUAUAUUAUUUUCUUCUAUUAAAAGUAAUUUAACGCUUUAUUUAUGUGCCGCUUACCCAAAUUUAAAUAAAAAAAAAAGUCUAAUCAACGUGCGCAGCACUCAUGUUAGAAAAGUAUCUCGCUUACAUAGUAAAAACAUUGACGAGCAUUGAACAAUAGGUGGACCUAAAAUUGACACAAACGAUAAAAGUCACUUGUUGCGUAGAAGCACACAUUUGAAAUUCUAUCGAAUAUAGGAAAUGACUAUGGUAUAUACACACGUAUAGAUACACAUGAAAAUAUAAGAAUUUAUAUAUAUAUAUAAAUAUAUACACAGAUAAAAAGUGUUUAAUAUAUAGAAUAUAUCAAUUUCGUGGGUGAAGCGAAUUAUAUAUUAUAUCAUAGGAUACUUUAAAUUAACUUACCUGGCGACAGAUUCCUAUUUUAGGCCUAAUAUUACUUAUAAGUUACGAUUGAUGGAAUUUGUUACAUUAACCGAGGCUUUAUAGAAGCCACGAGCUUCCAGUCGUGCAUUUGUAUUUGUAUUUGCGUUUUUAUCACGCGCUUUCGAUACUAGUCGCAAUACUGUGUUUUCUACUUGUAUUUAUACAAUUAUUCUCUACUUAGUACAUUACAAUAGAUCGUAAGUAUGCCAUAGUAAUUAAUGUAAUUAAUAUGUACUGUUGUCUGCAUACACGUCCACUUAGUUUAUAUCUCGUAGGAUAUUAUUUCUCGCGGCGAAAACAUCUAUUUGUUAGAUAUAAGUUAUUAUUUCAUGAUUUUUCGCGAAUUACAUUUAUAUCAUUGUAACUUUGAAGCUUUGACUCUUCGAUGCAGUUUUUAAUAGCAAAAACUUCAGAAGAUGUAAUACAAAGCUUCAAAACUCUUAUCAUUGUGCCGACGAAUAUAUAUUUCAUCAAUCUUCAUCUAGAUUUGACAAGAACAAAAAACAUGUGCGUUUUAUUUUACUAUAUGUAUAUUUUGCUAUAUUAGGUUGCUUGUUAUUCGUCAGAUUUAUUAAAAAAAAAAACAUCAGAACCAUUAUGGCUUUCGGGUGAAAAUGCAUCUGUCCGUGCGUAAAUUAUUAGUCUUCCUGUUGACAUGCAAGGAUUUCUUAGCAAAGUCUUCGUAGAUCUUGAAAUGAGAUCUUGAUAUUCGAGCUUAGAUAUCUAUAUGGUGGAGACUGAAAAGUGCCCGCGUAUCAAAGCUGUCUCUCUUGCACAUUAACAAAUGAGAAGAACACUGUGCACUUUUUACUUAUGGGAUGAUGGCAAUGGACUGAUAAUACGUAAAUUGUAGCAAGACCUGUGAAUGACUGACGUUUCAUGGUAGCUACACGAUGUGUUUGCCCAGGUGAUAGACUCAAACGUGGUGUUAAUCUGCUUCACAGCAGAAAAGAAGCUGUGAUAAUUCUGAUGUUGGCCAUAGGCGAGGAAAUAAUCGAAUCGUCGGUCGCGACGUCGAUUUGUAUUGCUUGAGCACCGCAAUUUGCACACGCGAAAAAGAAAUGAGGUAACAAUAUAUCGUCUCUGUAUCUCUGCAGAAAACAAAAGUUGAGUAGUAACAUGCAGUUUCAGUUUGAUAAAAUGUGUGUAUUAUGCGAUCGAGAAAAUACAUCUAAGUCACAAUAC